CAGCAUAAUUCCCAACUCCAACAAUCAGAACCCCUCUAUCUCUCUCUAAUUUGUAGAGUAUCUUGGUAUGGAAAUAAAGAACACUGGAAGUACAGGACCUUCACUAAAUUUACUAUGCACCAGCAAUGGCGAUUUUGGACAAGAAAGUAGAUCUUACACUUGUACUUUCUGCAAACGGGGCUUCUCGAAUGCACAAGCACUAGGAGGCCACAUGAACGUGCACAGAAAAGAUAGGGCCAGGUUACAAGAAGAAACCCUAAUUACGACAGAACCCACAAAGGGAACAAACUCCAUGGAUCAAGGCGAAGCACAGUCCUCAAGCGAUGAGAAGGGUGAUGGUGUACUAAAGAGAUCAUGGACUUUCAGGGAAGAAAAUAGUCCCGUAAGCCCUAGUAGAAAGAAAGAUCAUGGUUUUGAUUUCCAAAAACCAACACUGCAACUCUCUUUAUGUAUCGAAUCAUCCUCUACAACUGAUUCUUGCAUCAGAUCACAUAAAGUUUCUUCUUUAUCGUCGUCGUCAACAGAAGUUGACCUCGAGCUUCGGCUAGGGAUGGAUUCUGAGGCAACAUCAAGAGACCAUAUUAUACGAGAUUAGAUAGAGAAUUACGUCUUCUUGAUCUGAGCAAAAACAAACAGGUUCAGGUCGUUGUCAAAGAGAUUCUCUUCUUAAUUCCUAAAUGCUGUCUUUACUUUAUAUGCUUUUAUGUGGCACUGAUCACUUUGAUCUGUAACUCUUAAGUCCUAA